CCCAUAAACAAAUUGGUUGGUAUGAAUUUUAAAACUUUUCAAGAAGUGAUUUGUAAUCAAGUAAGCGAUUGUAAAACAAUAAUAACACAAGAAACCUUUAGAUAACUACUUCAGGUUCUAAAAUGACAAAUGAGAUUGAUCAACAGCUCUUCUGGAACGUAUAGAAAACAAGUACAAAAUUUCAAAUUGUACCACACUCAGUCUCAAUAAACCAUGGAGAUAGAAAAUGGAGUUGAAAGUCAGCAUCAGUACUCAGUUCCAAAGUCUGUAAAAACUGUUGACUCACACAUCUUUGGACCACAAGUUAUAGAAGAUGCAGACCCAGAGCUUAUGCAAGAUUCUGACAUCCCUGAUCACAUUGAAGUCACCCAGGACGGACAGAUUCGAUAUGUUCAGAAUGGAGGCAUGCCCACAUUGGGGCGCCCAAGACAGGAUCAUGAGCCACUUCCAUUUCUGAGUGUAGACAUGAUGAAUUCUGAGAUUCUCAAACCAACUUCUGGAGAACAUGUAUCAAGGGUGUCUAAAUCACAAGGCCAGAUAGGCAUGAAUACCAGACAAAGCUCUCCUGGUGCCAAGUCUUCCAUUAUGAAUAGAAGGACUCCAUUUAAAGACCCCAGAUCUGAGAGUCCACUACGUAGUCCCAGUAGAAGUCCUACACGAUUCAGUAAAUAUGUCAGCCCAAAUUCACAGCCAAAGAAACCCAAUGUUCACAUCAAGAAUCCUUUCAAGCAUGACAUUAGAACACCCAAACUGAGGCCUUUGGAUGAGUGCCCUGUCACCCCUAGUCAAGACCUUAAAGAGAUGACAGCACUGGCAAUGUUUCAUAUGCAGCGCAACAUGAAUAAUCCACGCACAGCUACUGCAAAAUCACGACGCUCCACUCGUACUCGCUCUAGGAUGUCUCAAAAACAUAUAGAAGUUGAACAGGAAAAACCCAAGCACACUAACAGGCUAUUAAAAGCCAAGUUAAGGCCCCUAUAUCCAGUAAAACUAGAUGGGCCAGCUAUUCACAGAUGCAAGGGAAUUGUUGUUAAUCAUGAAGUUUAUGAACCACCUCCAAACAGAUCUCUGCUAAGGAGGAGACAGUUGCUUAGCAACCCCAUGCUGCCGCUCAGUUACUCUCCUGAUAUGACUGAGCAGCUUAACCGACCUGCAACACGUGAAUCAAUUCACAGGACAUCUCCAGAUAUCACACUAGAGGAACAGCCUCUUGAACUUUCGGCUCAUGAAAUAAUGGAAAACAGUAUGAAAAACAUUGAAAUGAUUGAGCCGUCUGUGGAAUAUGAUGACGUGCCAACCUCCGGCGACAUCAAUACUGCUGGCCUGCCAUCUAUUGAGGAUCGUUUGGAUGUGCUGCCACCUAUUUCCCAGAAUCAACCAAUCACACCUCUGAAUAGUGUUGUUAGCAUGGCCGACCCUGCUGUUGUCCUUCCAGCAGAAAGUCCCCUGCAGGCUAAACAUUCAUCCAUUCAAGAAAAACCAGCUGAAAGUUCAGAUAACCCUGGAGUCUGUAAAGAACGUGAACAUGUAGCUAAAGACAAUAACAAUACAGAUGUAAUUACGAAAGAUGCUAUAGAGACAUCUGAGAUGGAAAAAGAUACUCAACUUAAAACUGGGGAAAAUCAGAAUGAUGAAAUUAGUGGGUCUACCAAUGAACCCAUGAUUGCUGAUUCAAGGAUAAGGGGCACAACUUUUAUUACUGACCAGGCCUCCAGUACAGGAACCAGUCAGGAGUCAAGGCCAGUCACUGGUCAGGGCUCAAGGCCAAUCACUGGUCAAGCGUCAAGGCCUGCCACAGGUCAAGGGUCAAGGCCAGUUAAAGGUCAGGAGUCAAGGCCCACCACAAGCCAAAAUUCAAUGCCAAACACAGGCCAGGUUAUAGAUACAGUAGCAAAUCAAAACGAAGGUCAAACUACAAGACCAGCCACAGGUCAAGGGUCAAGACCAACUACGAGUCAGGGAUCACGGACAGCCAAUGGGCAACAGCCAAAAACUGAUCAUGGACCAAAACCUAUUGAAAAUAGGUCAAGGCCACCCACAGGUCAAGGUUCAAGAUCUGGAACGAGUCAAAGUCAAACACCUGCAGUCACAGGUCAAAAUUCAAGGCCUCCAACUGGAAGUCGCUCAAGGACAGAUCCUAGAUAUCUCAUUGGUCAAGGUUCAAGACCUGGGACAGGUCAAGGUUCAAGGUCAAGGACAGCACAUAGCCAAAGGCCAGAAUCGAAUAAUGAGUCAUUGCCAAACUACAACAAAGAUCAAGAUGCAAUUGAGGAAGGAAUGGAUACAGAACGACAGAAGAGUUCAGCAGAAGGUCAAGUUUCAGUCACUCCCAAUAUUAGCUUAAAUUCUGAUGACCUAACACUAAGCCCAAGUAUUGCUUCAAGAGGACAGCAUUCAAGGUCAAGUUCAAGGCCAAAUACAGGUCAAACACCAGCUGCAACACAACAAGAUGAAAUAGUGCCUUUAGGUACUCAUACUGUUGAGCCUGGGAAAGAAAUAGCUCAUGGUACAAAACCGUCUUCAAUAAAAGGAACCCCAGCAGUGGACCCAAGUGUUUAUGAUGCAUACUCAAGAUCCAGAAAGCCCCCAACUGGCAAUGUUAAAACUAACAAGAAGGCUGUGCCAAAAUCAGAGGUACCUCAAAGACCAAGGGAGAAAAAGCCUUUAUCACCAGCACCAGCAGAUCGAAGAUGUAAUUCUGGGGGAAUUUUGAGAACUGCUCCAAAUCAUCCAGAUUUCUUACGGAAAACAAACUCUGCUGGGAAUUUACGUAAAAAUCAAGAAUCAACGCAAAAUACUGAAGAAGCUUUACAUGAUGAAGAUGAUGUAACUAUUGAUUUAUCAAAGAUGGAUAUGAAUGUUACUAAGACAGUACGAUUUGCUGAAGAUGGUUACCGAAGCAACUCUGCUCUUGCGCAAGAAACACCAAGAGUUGACAUGGAAACUAGAGUGAAAUCAGCUCCUGCAAUUGCAGUCAGAUCUAAAAGUCAAACUGUGGCAACUGAUAAGAAGAAAACACUUGAAAAUAGGACUAAAAAUGAAGGAUGUAAACCUGAAGAACUUGAUGAAAAUAAAGAUGACUUUGAUGAUGAUAAUGAUGAUUACCAAGGAACAUUAAGCAAUAGAAAUAGUUCUAUUACAAGUGUCACAGUGUCAAGUAUGACAAGCACAUCUUCCGAGAAAAAGGCUCCACAAAGUUCAAACAAUAAUGGAAAGCAAGCAAAACUCCAGUCCACACCAGAAGGACAGUCCCAUAAUGCAUUGCAAAAGCAGACAGACGAAUCUUCCAAUUAUGUGCCAAAGAUUACCCCUCCAGAACAGACAAUAUAUUGUACAUUUUGUGGUUUAGAGCCCUAUAGAUGCGUAUGUAAAUAUCAUGAUGAUAAUUUGGAAAGCCAAUCUGAUAGUGAAGUGCCUAUAAACACAUUUGACGACCUUGAAAAAUCUAUAUUUGCCACAAGAUCUAGCAUUCAAAGAUGUAUAAGCCUUGAGGCUUUAACAAAUGAUGACAGUGAAAUAGAAUCAAUAAUGAUCACCCCAAGGGAAGAUACAAAUGCAACAUUUAUAACUGAUAUAACAUUUUCGGAAACUAAACAUGACAUGGAUACAAAUACUAUGGAUGUAAAGCGAAGUGCAAGCCCUACUGAAAACAUGUCUGCUCAAUAUAAUGACAUAUUGGAGUCAUAUCGUCGGAAGUGUAUCAAUGAUGAAACAAUAAAUGGAAGUUUUAGUUCACGUUUGAUUACACCACGACAUACAUCAAAAACUAAGAUGGAAAGACCCAAAAGUGGACAUUCUCAAUCUACUAAGGGAAUGAAUAAGGGUCCUAACAGCCAAUCAAAAUUCACUCGACCAUUUUCUGCAGGACAAUAUAGUGAUAGUGGAUGUGAAAGUGAGGUUAUGACUGAUGAGCUUAUGUCUGUUGCGGUGAUUGAACCGGAGAAAACAGUACCUUCUGAAUCGUUACUGCAGAUUGUUUGUAAUGAAUUACCACCAGUCGAUAAUAGUAAAAAGGAUAUUGAAGCGAAUAAAUCUAAACAACCUCAAAGGGGAAGGUCUGGUAGUGAUGUUACAGAUCUGAAGGUGGUUGCUAAUCCAACAAAGCUAAUAUCAAGGCAAGACCCAGAGCCAGGACCUAUAGCGCCUUACCCCCCUCUGUGCUUCAAGAUCAAUGCCAGGCCUCCACCUAACUACAUAUACUACUUUGCAUAUGGGUCAGAUAUGAACCCACAUAGAUUGAGUGUAUACAUCAGACGGCAGGUGGACCAGCGACUCUGGGGAUUGCUGUAUGGUUUCAAGUUACACUUCAACAAAAAAGGCACAGAUAUUGAGGCAGGUGGUUUCCCCAACAUCCAGUUCAACCCCGCCUCCUCUGUAGAGGGAUGUCUUUACCUCAUCACUAAAGAGGAACUUAGCAAAUUGGACCAAAGUGUGGGAUACCCAGAGCACUAUGAACAUGUGAUGUUGCCAGUGUGGAUGAGUAACUCCAGGGAGCCAGACAGUUACAGUGUGGCCCAGUAUUGUGUUCCUGCCUUGAUGUUUGUAGCUCAAGAUAAAUGGACUGCAAAAGAUCACCUACUACCCUGUAGUUAUGCCGUGGAUCAGUGUUUGAAAUCUUCCGACCUCCUGACACCUGCCUACAAGCAGCAACUACAGCGCCACCUGGACAAUAACUACGCACUUGUGCCUGUCAAUGGUUAA